AUGGCGUCUGAUUCGCGAGCAGUUUGGGCUUUUCUUCAGUCCUCCUCUCUGUGUGUUCAACACGCUGCUUGGUGGGGGGGAAUGGCCGUCGUGGUUCUCGCUCUCCUCAGCUUCCUCUUCGUCGUCCUCGCAGUUUUUCAAGUUCUGCUUUCCGGCUGGCGCACUAGAUCGAAUCGCCUCCGAGAUGCAGAGGACAUGUGGAAGGAACUCUUUCAUCGCAAAGGGUCCUCAAACGAAGGAGCGGCGUCCCCUUCCGACGAUCUAAUGGUCAUUCCCAAUUCACAUCCUAAUGCCGAUUCACCGUCUUUCAGUUCGUUCGCUCCUUCUCCUUUACUUUCUUCUACAUCUCUCUCAUCUUCUACGUUAGGUUUUCUUUCUACCUCUCUCUCCUCUUCCCCUUUGCAUUCUUGUCCUCUCUCAAAUUCUGCUUCUCAUUCAGGGUCUUCUUCUUGUGAUUCCUCGCCUACAGUGGGCUCCCGGUUUCCCUCUGUCGUCCAUGUGGUGAUUGUCGUGUUGGGAGACCUGGCUCGGAGUCCUCGGAUGAUUUACCACGCUCAGGCGUUGGCUUCGAGUAUAAGCCCGCCUCCGAUCAUUCAUGUGAUUGCGUACACUUCCACGCCGGUACCUCCGAGUCUCUCGCGUCUGCCGUUCCUCCAGAUCCACUCGCUUCCGGUUUUCGCACUCGACCGUCUCCGCCGCUUCUUCCCAGGCCCGUUCGUGUUUGUUUUUCUCUUUUUCAAGCUGCUCCAGCAGACAGCGGCGCUCUCCUGUCUCCUGCUCUGCCUGCUGAGGCGCCUCGGACGCCGCUCUGGAGACGGCGCGGCGUCGAGACCUGGCAGCGGAACUCAGUCUUCCGCGCUUCUGCGGCAGCGCCCCCUCGUCCUCGUUCAGGCUCCGCCGGCCCUCCCAACGGUGCUCGUUUGCGGGGUGACCAGCCGCCUGAUGGGCGCCAAGAUGCUGCUGGACUGGCACAACUUUGGUUUCACCUUGAUGUUUCCUGAGAGAAAAAAAGAGGAAGGCUCCUCCGCCAAAAUGUCGCCGCUCCACGCUUUUGCGAAGACGCUCGCGGCGCAUGCAGAGGGCUGGGGGGGCCGCCUCGCUGCGGCCGCGCUGUGUGUCUCCAAAGCGAUGCAGGAAACGCUCAAACAAAAGUGGGGUCUGAGGGCCGCUGUCUUGUACGACCAUCCGAAUGCCCAAAUCAGACCCAUCGAUCUGGGAGAGCGACAUCAAAUUGCCGUCAAGUACAUGCGCCUCCCUAGCGAUUUUGAGAGCGCGAGCCGACGUCCAGGCGACGCUUCCAAGCCCCUCUGUGGUCGAGCACGGUGCCAGGACGGAGAGCGGAAACAUGAAGUCAGCGGCAAGCAAGUCCUACGAUCUAUUCACGAUGCGGCAACACGUUUGGCAGACCACUCUGAAGGUGAUUGUGAAACCUCUGAGGGGUUGAGUUCUGAUCCGGACUCCCAGAGAUUCGCGGCCUUUGUCGAAGACUGUGACGGUGAAGGCACCGGCGCCAUCCCCCAAACCGGAAGGGUGUCGCGUCUCUUCCCAGGGGUUCCUGCGGAUCAGAGAAAUACGGAACAUCUCGGACAGCAGCCUCACUCCCCGCGGACUCACUUGCUGCGCCAGUGGACAUUCCCAGCGCAGAUCUGCCGCAAAAACUGCGGCACGUCAAACGACAAAGCGAAUGCGAGGGAGAAGGAAUCUUUGGAGUUAGUUGAAACAACUCUUGUCUCGCGUGCGCGUCUCGUUUGCGGUUCUCGAUCAGAGGAGCCGGCGGUCAACCCCUCCAGCGAGACUCCGGUACAAGGUGGUUCGCGGACCUGCGAGUGUUGCCAGGUUUCCGUCGAGAUUCGCCGAGAACGGCCGGCAGUCUUGCUGACGGCAACAAGUUGGACCGGCGACGAAGAUAUGGAUCUUUUUCUGCAUGCGCUGCGGCGCUAUGAUAGCGAGAGAGAAUGGGAAGUACGCAGCCUGGAGAAGUCGCAGCUCGACAGCUGCAGACGCCCCUAUGCGCGCGAUUGCAACACGACUCCGGAGGCGCUCCUCCCUUCUUUGCUGGUGCUUAUUAGCGGGCGAGGUCCGAAGAAGAAUCAGUGGCUACAGAGAGCCCGACAAUGUCAAUUCCGGCACAUUGCCAUUCGAACUCUUUUCGCGACUCUCGACGACUACUACAAGCUUCUUGCGGCUGUGGACGUUGGCGUUUGUGUUCACACGUCGAGCAGUGGCAUCGACUUGCCGAUGAAAGUCGUCGACCUCAAAGGCGCAGGAGUGCCUGUUUGCGCGUACGAGUUCCCUGCAAUUCAUGAGCUCGUACAGGACGGUCAAGAUGCUCUUUUGUUCGUGUCCGCCGAGGGUUUGUGUGCGAAGCUGCAGCAGCUUCUUCGGCGUUUCCCGCUGGCGUUUGAUGAAGCUGUCGAGUCCUGGCAACAGCUGACUUUCUUGCCCACGAGCUUUUCUGCCUGCGCGCAUGCUCGCGGCUCUAAAGCAACCCAAAAAUGCGAUUUCAGCGAAAGCAAUGCUCCGCCUCUGCAAGCAGACGAUCCAAAAUGCGAAGCGAGUUCUCCAUGUCACACCGAUGAACAAAGCGCUUGCCAAUCACAGGGGCACUCUGACGCUUGUCCAGAACGUGCGAGCCCAGCGCCAAGAUGCGCAAGUCCGCUGCACGUCACUGGAGGUCAUAACCUGUUCGAAAUGCGGCGAUUCUCAGAGAGCCACCGGAUGGGAUCUUUCCAGCAGGAAUGGAGAAGAACUGUUUUGCCGAUAUUAAGGAAACUUACUGAAUAUAGUAACCCCUAGAGUUCACAACGCUCCUGUCGAACGUCACUGUAAUGUCACACGUUUGAAAUGUCCACGUGAACGAGGAUUUUUUCUUGGCUUAUCCAUCGAUGUGUCGAUUUGCAAGUAUGCAUAGAAGCACUAUAUAUAGAGAGAGAGAUUUAGCUGUGUGAUCAUUGACUGAGUUGUACGUUGUCGUGGUGAACAUGGUUUUUUCCUCUUCUUCUGUUACGUAAAUGCAUGCGUUAAGCAGUUUCAGCCCUCAAGCGUCGCUGCUCUACAGUGAAUCAUUUUUGCGGCGUUUCAGAGGCCUACCCGUCCGGUCAUGUCUGGAAGUGUCUGCGAUGUGUGAGGUGCUUUUACUGUUGUGGGUAGACCUGACGAGGACUUAAUCCAAGUCUGGGUACCGGUUUCUGGGUCACCCUUCUGCCGUAGUUCUCCUUAAUUCCC